CUGAUGGUGGCCUGCUACAAGGGCUUCGUGGACAUCGUGCCCCUGCUGCAGAAGUGCCCCUACAUAAAUGUCAACCAGCAGGACAAGGACGGGAACACGGCCCUCAUGAUGGCAGCCCCGGCAGGACAUGUCACCAUCGUCAACUACCUCCUCAACUACUACCCCGCGCUCGAGGUGGACAAGCGAGACCCCCGGGGCCUGACGGCGCUGAUGAAGGCUGCGGUGCAGGGGCGGCAGGACUGCGUGGCCGCCCUGCUCCUGGCUGGAGCAGACCUGCAGGCGGUGGAUCCCAUCAAGAGGAAGACGGCCCGGUACCAGCCCGAGUGGCCAGCCCUGCCUGAGCUGGUGGCCAAAGCCCUGGCCCCCAAAUCCAGGGGCAAGAGGCUGUCGGAGAAGAUCCGAUCCAUGUUCACCUUCAGCUUCCCCCGCGACCACGAGGAGGACGGCGUGAUGGACCACAUGGUGAGGAUGACCACCUCCCUCGCCAGCCCCUUUGUGGCUACC